AAUCGAAAGUGAAACUUUUUUUGAUUCUUCCUCCUCUUUCAGUACGUGACAGGCAGGAAAGGAACAAUAAACGCUGGAGACGUCGGUGCAGCUUCCAGCAUUACGGUUUUGGUAUAAAAAUGACUACUUUGCAACAAAGACAGGGCGAAGACGAGUCCUGUGGCGGCAGGAAAAAGUCCAAAGAACAAAGAGAGAGUUUUGCUAAACGUGACCACAAGAAAGAUAAGACGCCUUUCAGAAAAAAUGAAAAUGGCUUUCAUGCAGCUCCAUUUAGACCAAGAUAUGGCGGAAGAUUUUUCAGAUCACGGUUCAUGAAGGAUGAACCAUAUUUCUGGAGACCCGGGUUCAGCUUUCGGUACCAGAGGUAUCAUCCUAUGGCAGGUGUGAGGACUUAUCACCGGCCUUUCAAAGGAUCUGCAGGCUUCCACUCGUUUACCUCCCAGUCUGCUCGUGUGAAUAAUAGUGGGAUGGACUGUAAAGGAAUGUCAAAGGACCAGAAAAAUUCUCUUCAGUCGUCCACGAGUUCAACACCAGCAAAAGGAAAGGAGCAUCUCUCCUUCACAGUACAAUCCAAGCAGGUCUCUCAGGACUCACAAGAGCAGAACAUCCCGGGAUCUGUUAGGAGGGCAGCCAUGCGGAGUCGGGCCAUCCAGCAGAAGAGGCAUGAGAUUGAAGAGGUCUACAAGCAGGACUGUGACACAUUCGGGCUUGUGGUGAAGAUGCUGAUCGCCAAAGAUCCAUCUCUUGAGCACCCUAUUCAGGCAUCGUUGCGGGAGAAUCUGCAGGAGAUCGGCCUGCGGUGUGCGACAGCCAUGCAGCAGUUUAUUCACGAGUACGACUUGGUGCAUCCAUGACCCUUGAUCUCAUACAAACAGUUAGACUUUAUCUCAUUGGCUAAUGGGUCUGUUUUUGUCUGUCUGGGUGCCUGUCACUGCUGUCAGUAAUAAAGCUUAGACCUAAAUUGUAUUCAUCCGUUAAAUCUCCCACAAAAAACAGCCCAGAUGAAACAAUGUUUCUUUUUUAUAUAUAUAUUUAAACAGGAAUGCAAUUCUUCUUGCCACCUGAUUAUAAAUAAAAGUGUAUUCAACCUUGUGUUGACAUUUAGAUCUA